AAAAUAUGCAUUUGGUCUAAAGUUUAUGUCAAAAUACAUAAUCAUUACAAUUAUCCAGUGAUUAAAGUUAGUCUACCAUUUGUGUGGCAAACAAUACAAACCCCUCCCUCUCACCCCAUAUUUAGGGGUAUAUCGCACUCGUUGUGUCAUAAUCGCGACCAAAGGUCCCCUUAAAUAGUUAUGCCCUUAAGGCACAAUCAUAAACUUAUAGACAAAUUAUUUCAUAUGAAAAACCGCUACUUUUCUGUAACUUUUCACUUUUGAAAAGAGUUGACAAAUUCAUAGUCUUUUACAACAAAUUAAUUAUUAUUUGUAUUCAUGUUUUCAACGAACUCUUCGUCCACUAAACUGUUUGUCAAAAAUGUUGUCAUAUUUAGCGACAAAACCAAAUCCAACCGAAAAGCCGAUCAAAAUAUGCUGAAAGUGUUCCGAAGCAUAAUAAUGGGAGCGCCGGGAUCUGGCAAAGGGACCAUCAGCUCACGCAUUAUACGCGACUUCUCGCUGCCGUACCUAUCGGUGGGAGACCUGCUGAGGGACCACAUGGCCAGAGGCACGGAAGUGGGCCGGGAGGCCGAGCAGUACAUCAAAAACGGCAAACUAGUGCCCGAUGUGGUGGUCAAUAAGCUGGUGAUCAACGAACUGACCGAAAGUUAUAAGGAAAAGCCAUUCCUAAUGGACGGCUACCCGCGCACCGUAGCCCAGGCCCGGGAGCUGUGGUCCCGGGAGGCGCUCAGACCUAACAGUGCCAUCAAUCUGGUCGUACCGGACGACGAGAUCAUUGAACGCAUAAAACACCGUUGGAUUCAUAGGGCGUCGGGACGUACGUACCAUUUGCUGUAUAACCCGCCCAAGACUGCCGGUGUGGACGACGUGACGGGUGAGCCACUGGUCCAGAGGGAGGACGACAAGGAGCACGUGGUUAUGCAGAGACUACUCGAGUAUAAGAAACAGUCGGAAGUGAUUAUUGACUUUUUCAGAGAAAAAGGCAUUUUGGAGAACUUCGUGGGCCGUAAGUCCAAUGAAAUCUACCCCAAAGUGGAACUGUAUUUAAGUCAACGCAUUGAUCGCACCGUACAAUAAGUGAUACAUUUUUAAAGCAUUAUUAUGACACAGAAUCUGAUGACCAAAACAAAUCUCGUUUAUAUUUUUUGCAAAGUAUUUGAUAUAUUUUUU